AUGGAAAAAUCCAAAAAUUUCCGCAUCGAUGCGCUGCUGGCCGUGGACCCCCCGCGAGCGGCCUCGGCGCAGACCGCGCCGCUGGCCCUGGUCACGUCGCUCGCGGCCGCAGCGUCCGGCCCCGGCGGCGGCGGCGGCGGCGCGAGCGGUGGCGGGGCGAGCGGCGGGGCGAGCGGCAACUGCAGCCCCGCGUCCUCGGAGCCGCCCGCAGCGCCCGCCGACCGCCUGCACGCCGAGAGCCCCUCGCUGCGGCCGCGAGCGACGGGCCUGGCGCUGGUGCUGCACCCCGGGGGCGCGCAGGGAGGCGCGGGCCUCCCCGCGCAGGCGGCGCUCUACGGCCACCCGGUCUAUGGCUACUCGGCGGCGGCGGCGGCGGCCGCGCUGGCCGGCCAGCACCCGGCGCUCUCCUACUCCUACCCGCAGGUGCAGGGCGCGCACCCUGCGCACCCCGCGGAUCCCAUCAAGCUGGGCGCCGGCACCUUCCAGCUGGACCAGUGGCUGCGUGCGUCCACCGCGGGCAUGAUCCUGCCCAAGAUGCCCGACUUUAACUCCCAGGCGCAGUCCAACCUCCUGGGGAAGUGCCGCCGGCCCCGCACGGCCUUCACCAGUCAGCAGCUCCUCGAGCUGGAGCACCAGUUCAAGCUCAACAAGUACCUGUCACGGCCCAAGCGCUUCGAGGUGGCCACAUCGCUAAUGCUCACGGAGACCCAGGUGAAGAUCUGGUUCCAGAACCGGCGGAUGAAGUGGAAACGCAGCAAAAAGGCCAAGGAGCAGGCAGCGCAGGAGGCUGAGAAGCAGAAGGGUGGCGGGGGCGCGAGCAAAGGUGGCAACGCAGAGGACAAGGGAGAGGAGGAGCUGCUGGGGCCACCGGUGGUUGGGGACAAAGGCAGUGGACGCCACCUGCGGGACUUGAGGGACAGUGACCCCGAGGAGGACGAGGACGAUGAGGACGAGGACCACUUCCCCUACAGCAACGGCGCUAGCACGCGCGCCGUGUCCUCCGACUGCUCCACCGAGGCCGACUCGCCGCCUCCCCGGCCUGGAGGCCCUGGGCUCCAGCCCCAGGCCCAGUAG